UCGGCCCCCCUCCCAUCCCCCCCUUCUCUCUCCGCUUCGGGCAAAAAAAAAAUCGAAAACCCCCGACUCCGCCGAGCGAGCAUCACCUUUCCGCCGCUCCUCGCCGCACGCCGGCCCGCCGACCGAGACCCUCGGACCCGCUCCCCUCUAGCCCGCCCGCCCGCACGCAUGGCUGCCGACCGCCGGCCCGGCGUCUGAGGGAGCGGGCGGCUGCGCUCGGGGGCCAGGCCGGCGGCGCCAUGGAGCUGUCCGGGAGCCCCGGCACGUGGAGCGGCCUCUCGCUGCGGCUGGGCCAGUUCCUCUUCGCCGCCGCGUCCGUCUGCGUCAUGUCCUCCGCGAUCGGCUUCGCCAACUACACCGCCUUCUGCUACUUGAUUGCAUCAAUGGGACUACAAGCACUCUGGAGCUUGGGACUUGCGUGUCUUGAUGGCUAUGCUUUGAGAAUGAAAAAGGAACUCAACAGUGCUGUUCUCGUGAGCUUAUUCGUUGUUGGAGAUUGGGUGACGUCGAUCCUGUCAUUCGCCGCUUCAUGCUCAGCAGGAGGCGUCGUUGUUCUCUUCGACAAGGAUGCGUACUUCUGCAGCAGGGACCCGCAUCUCCCGUGUGGGACAUUUGAGCUCGCGACCGCGUUUGCAUUCCUUUCCUGGGCGCUUAGUGCCACAUCUGCCCUUGUGAUGUUUUGGCUCCUCGCUUCAUCUUGAUUAGAUUUGUAGGAGCUCUGUCUGUACCUAGCGUUGUUUGGUCCUGUCUGGUUAUAUACCAACUGAUGUUUCAAGCAGACUACAUAGCAAUAGACUGCUAAUUCCAGAGAAUAGAUGGGCAAUGGUGGCAAGUUCCAUGAAGUCUUAAA